AUGUCAUAUUCAAAUAAACAACGACGAGGUCGUUACGCAACUAACGCAUGUACUAAUUGCCGAAAAAAACACAUAAAGUGUUCCGAAGAAGCCACUUGCACCCAUUGUGCAUUACAAAAUCUUAAAUGUACUUAUAGUAAACCGGUAAAAAAACGAGGACCGAAAGUAUCAGCUAACGUUUUUGAGAGCAACUCCGAUAAAGCCUCAAAUAUCGAGCAUAAAAACACAUUAAUUCAAUUUAGCGAACCCAUUCCUUUCUGCCUUGACUAUAACUAUAACGAAGAAUAUCAAGCAAUCCAAAAUUAUUUGUUCUCACAUAUUAAUACCAAUAACAUUUUGCUCAAUAAUAACGCACCCGUUAAUUUUUUUGGUAACACAUUUUCUUUACCUAAAAAUUUAUCCCCUGAUUCUUCUUCUAUUGCUUCUAAUUUAGAUUAUCUAUUUUGA